UUUUUAUUUACUUUGUUAUUUUACAUUUAAUAUUUCUAUCAUUAUAACAUUAAUAUACAUACUCAUAACAUACAUAUAAUUAUUAUUUUCUAAACACUACAAGAAAACACUGGCUUUACAACGAAGUUUUACAACGAACAUAAUUCCUCGUAAAUUUACAAGUAGAUUACGUCGACGUUACGACGAAAAGCAGUUUCGUCGUAAAGCGGAUGUAAUAUUACAACGAAACUGUUUCGUCGUAAAGUCGUUGUAAAGUUACAACGCUUUUACGUGAAAAAUUAAAUUCCACGUAAACGCUUUGUAAUGUAACAAGGACUUUACGACGAAUCUUGUUUCCUUAUCUUUCCUCGUAAAGACGUUGUAAUGUUACAAGGACUUUACGAGGAAUCCUAUUUCCUUAUAUUUCCUCGUAAUGGCGUUGUAAUUUAACAAGUAUUUUACAACGAAUCGGGUUACCGUUAUACUUGGUCGAAACGUGUAUUAAGUGUGCUUUAUACCUAACUAAAUUCCUUGUAAAGUGGAUGUAAAAUCCUUGUAAAAAAGUUGUAAAUCCGUAGUAAUACAUUGCGUUGUAAAAUACUUGUUAAACCUUUACCUACCAAACUGAAAAACACAACUAAAAAAAAUGGUUGAUGGAUGCAAUAUCUACGAGAUACGGAGUUGGACGAUUAGUGACUUUCCUGCUUAUGGGAUAUUGUCUGGGUGGACAACUCAUGGGAGAUUAUCUUGUCCAAUUUGUCGUGGAUCGACAGAUGCUUUUCAACUGAAGAAUGGUAGAAAGAGUUGUUGGUUUGAUUGUCAUCGUCGAUUUCUUCCCAUCUCCCAUCCGUACCGAAGAAAUAAGACAUUGUUUAGAUACAAAAAAGUUGUCAGAGAUAGUCCUCCUCCAUAUCUCACCGGACAACAGAUCCUAGCAGAAAUUGAUUAUUAUGGAGCUCUGGAAACGGUGCCGCGUGGAGGAAACCGGACAACAGUUGUCAGAGAUAGUCCUCCUCCAUAUCUCAACACCAAUUGGUGUUGUGGAUGUCAACUCUGGGAGAAGAUACAACAAAUUCGAGCCUUUCAUCCUAGCUUCUCAGGCUGAACAAGUUAGCUUUCUUCCAUACCCUCGCCUUCGAAGUUCUGGGAUUAAUUGGUUGGCUACUAUCAAAAUUACACCUCGUGGACGAAUUGUUGCUGGAGAAGAACCACCAUUGCAAGAAGAAGAUGAUAUUAAUGAAGUUGAGGUUCCUGAUCAACAACUUGAUGAAAAUCUUCUGAUCGACCCAAAUAACCAUCAAUAUGAAGAUCUUCCCGAAGAUGCGACAGAUGAAGCACGUGAAGACGAGUUCGAUUGUAGUGACGACGAUGACUGUUCAGAUGUUGAUGAGAACUCAAAACGAUUCAGAAUGAUGUAAUAUAUGUAACAAAUGUUGUUUUUAUCUUUACAAAAUAUUGUACCCAAUGUUGUUUUUUAUUGCUUAAGUGAGAUACUUAAUGUAUGUGUACUAUAAGUUGUCUUGUAUAAUAUCUAUUUCUUAAGGUAAAAAAUUUUAUUUUGUUGAAGUUAAGGGUUUUAGUUGGAUAAAGAGGAUGAAAGUAUUAAUGAGUGAUAAUGGUAAAGAUGAUAACUUUGGGGUUUAGGGAUUUGAUUUUCAGGGUUUCAUACUUUCCUCGUAAAUUCAUUGUAAAUAAAAACACGGGCCUGGUAACUUCGUCGUAACAUAAAAUAUUAUUUCCAUGUAAAUUCUUCGUAACAUAAAAUACUAUUUCCUAGUAACUUCGUCGUAAAUGAAAAAACACGGGUCUGGUAACUUUGUCGUAAAUGAAAAAACACGGGCCUGGUAACUUCGUCGUAAACCAAAACACGGGCCUGGUAACUUCGUCGUAAACGAAAACACGGGUCUGGUAACUUCCUCGUAACAUUACGACGAAGUUACGAGGAAACCGUUUUUAUAUAUAUGGGAGAAGUCUUUCAUACGAGCACUGCUCGUAUCUUCCUCCCUAACUCCUCUCCCCCUCUAAGGUAACUUUCUCUCUCUAUCUUUUUUUUUUUUUUAUAGUUUAGGUGGUUAGUUUAGGUGAUUAGUUUAGGGAAUUAGUUUAGGUGAUUAGUUAACGGAAUUAGUUUAGAUGAUUAGUUUAGAAAAUUAUUUUAAACAAUUCGUUUAGGAUAUAUAUUAAUUUAAUUUUUUUAAAUUUUCUAGAUGGCUCCUAGACCGAGACCAGCAGCUCCUGCACCUACGUAUGCGGAUUUGUUUGGCGAUGGAUCUUCCUCUAGCGGUCCAUCGUCUUCUUCCGGGACAGUUCCGGACUCUCACACAUCUCGAAGAGUUUCUUUGACCCCUCCUCCUCUUCCAUCUCAGAUGCCUCCCCCACCAGCUCCACCUGUCGCCCCGGAUCAGCCUGCCCCACCGGCUGCAGUUCAUCCCGAUUUGCGGGUGCCAGCUCAUGCACCAUUCGCAAGAUACACCGUCGAGGAUUUGCUUGCCCAGCCCGGACGAGAGGGUUUACACGUUCUGGACCCCGAUAGACCCCCGGGUACUUAUUGGUUUGGGGCUAACAACCGUGUUAGCCGGAGCGUUUCAGAGACGAUGAAGGGAUAUUAUGACGGCCCUUAUCCCAACUGGACCAUGACUCCCGAUCACGUCAAGACGACGUGGUUUAAAUGUUUUGCGGUAAUUAUAUUUACAUAUUAUUAAUAUUUAUAUUGUUAAUUAAAUAAUUAUUAUUUUUUUUCUAAUCUUUUAAAAUGUUUGUUUUUUCAGCAAAGGUGGAACUGGUCCGUAGGAAUCACCGAGAGGGUGAAGAGCGAAUUUAUUGCAAAGGCGAAAACUCGUCUUUGCAAUACCGUCUCCGAUUGGAAGGACAAGUGGGAGAUUUACGGCUAUGAGGGGAAGCCGAGCGGGGUCACAAAGGAAGCAUGGGAUGGCCUCAUCACCUAUUGGAACGAACCCAGCUCCAUCCUCAAAGCCAACUCCUGCUCCGCUUCCCGAAGAACGAGGGAUAAAGAUGGCCAUUUGCCCAUGGUUCAUAGAACCGGCCAAAAACCCCAUGCCGGAAUUCGUCUCGAAGCUGUAAGUUUUAUUUAAAUUUAUAAUUUUCAUUAUUUUAAACUUGUAUUUAUUAAUUAUAUUUAAUUUAUUUAUUAUUGUUGUUUAUUAGUUGGAGAAGACGGGAGUUUUGCCAUCUCUCUCGGACUUAUUCAAGAUGACUCACGCCUCACCAGAUGGGGGUUUUGUGGAUCCUGCAUCCGAGAAACUCUUCAACGCUGUGGCGUCUCGGGUUGAAGAGCAAGAGACGCAACUUACCCAACAGUCUGCAGAUGGAUUACCCGUCAAGUUGUCAACCGAAGAGGUCGACCGGAUCUUCGAGGAGGUAAAAUUUAAUAAUUUUAAUUUUUUUAUUUUAUUUUAUUAUUAACUCUAAAUACGUUUUUAUAUAUAUACAUAUAGGUGGCUCCUAGAAAGAAGGGAAGGACGGUCGGAAUAGGUUCCGUUAACGAAGUUGCAAGGUCGACUUCGUCAUACUAUUCGAGACGGGACCAGGACAACGACCGGAUGCAGGCUCGCAUGGAUACCCAGCAGCAGCGUUUGGACUCUCUCGAGGGUUUGCUGGAUGUGAUGGCGGUGGGAAAUCCAACUUUGCAGAGAGCUUUGGCGGAGAGACGAGCAGCUCUCGGGAUGAGCCAGCCGGAUCCCGAAGCAGGAACGUCUACAGACCCGAACCCCUCAGCCAACUACUUCGAUGACGAUGAUGUUGGCCUUUAGUUUCCUUUUUUAAUUUCUUUUGUUUUGUAUAAAAAAUAUAAAUUCUAUUUAAUUAAUGGAUUUAUAGUUUUUUUAAAAAAAUUAUUUGGUUUCAUAUUUAAUUUUAUUUCAAAUAUUUUAAAUUUUAAAA